AUGGGCUGCAACAUGUGUGUGGUCAGACGUCCUGAGGAGCGUUUCAAGGUUAUGUACCAGGGGAAAGGAAGGAGACGUUCUUAUCUACCACUGGACAAGCAGCUAAGGUCCCAGGAGCCUUUGCAGCAAUCCGAGUCCAACAUCAAGAGUCACAGAAGGAAAGGUGUGAUGGCAAGCGCUGGAAAUGGGACCAAAAGCACCUCCAUUUCCACUUUCGCUGGGGUUUCUCGUCUUCGUGAAAGCGUGGAUAGCGCCACGCAGACAGACGUCAGCUUCCGGCAGCUACCACCCACUCCCUCCCUGCCCCACUUGAUGGAGGCCUACCAGAUUGAGGACUUUUGCAUGUUUGUUGAUAGCGAUGACUACUUGGAUGUAUCACGGCAUGACGUGGACCGGGCUGAAGAGCUAGAAUACGAGGAGGUGGCACUCUAUAAGUCCCAUCAGGAGGAGAAGCUUGGCCUGACAGUUUGCUACAUGACAGAUGAUGAGGAUCAGCAGGGCAUUUAUGUCGGAGAGGUAAAUCCAAACAGCCUUGCUGCCAAGAAUGGACGCAUCAGGGAGGGAGACCGAAUACUUCAGAUAAAUGGCGUAGACAUCGGCAGCAGAGAAGAAGCCGUAGCUAUGUUGAGCAGAGAGGACAGUGGAAACUUCUCGUUAUUACUGGCCCGGCCUGACAUGGAGGAAGACCAGUUUGCUGAUGGCAUCAGCACCGAGCACCUCUCGCCAUAUUUUCAACUCCAGCAUAGAGGAGGAGAACUGGAUGAUGGCGAGGAAGAUGAUGACGAAGAAGGAAACAGGGCGGAGCCCCCGGUCCCCCUGCCCCCUCUUCUCCAAUUGACUCCUCUACUGUCCAACAGCCAGGACCUGGACAGCGGGCUAGGCCGCACAGAUGACAGCACGCGUUAUGAUGAGUCGUCAGAGCAUGACCUGCUUGGUGGCACCAGCAGUGCAUGCAACACAGAUGUUACCAACACACCCAGAAGCGCCCGCAAGUUCUGCCUAGGACACAGUCCAAGGCUCAGUCCACGACCCAGUCCUGUGGUUGGCUCCAGCCCCAAGAUGUCCCCGAGUCCCGUUCAUCCCCGAGAAGACACCCCUCCUCAAUCUCCACACCAGCAAGAACUCCAACUCACCACCAACUCUUUCACUGCACUUGAUGGCACUGAGGAACAGUCAACACAAAAUCAUGUCCACCAGAAGCUCCAGCUCUACAAGAGUCCAGUGAACCUGAUAGCAACCAUGGCAGGACUAACGGAGGACGAAUGCCAGCGGUACCAAGAGCUCCUGGAGAUCAGGUACCAUUGUGAGACACGACCAAGGACCAGAGAUGGAGAGGUGGAGAACGAAAAAGAGAAGGUUCCACCAUCUGCGAUGGACUUGAACUGCAAUUUGAGCAUGAGUGAACGAGAGAUGGCUCUCAUUGAGGAGGAACUGCGACACUUGGAGUUCAAGUGGCGCAACAUCCUGCGUGCGCAGAAAAUGCAGCAGCUCAGGGAGAGAUAUCUAAAAGCGUGGAUGAUGGAAGAAGAGACUGCAGAACCAGGUGUGUGUGACAACAACGACAUCAGCAAUGACGAUCCCCACCGCAACGAGUUGGCAGCCAUCAAUGAACUUCCGGAGCAUUCCAACAACGGCAAAGACAGCACCAGCGCUUAUGGCAGCGGCGAGAGCUGCCGCAGCACACCGAUGGUCAGCACCGUGUGGAUUCCGCCUCUCCCUGAAGACGAGACACCUGCAUCUCCACCCCAUCACUGGGGGAGGCGCCACUCGAACCUCGGAUGUGGCAGUCAGAAUGGAGACUUGGUCAACACUUCGCCCUCCAAGUUCAGACUACUGUCCAGAGAGGUGGAGUCGCCAUCUAGAAGAGGCAUGGCCGAAGGCACACAUGGCACAAGGACAGGCAUUGCCUCCACAGGGCUGCAAGGAGGAAGUGCGGAAUCCAGCCCAUUCCUGGCGCAGCGUCGCCAAAGGCCAUUUGAGCGCUAUCAUAGCUGCAUGGCGUUGCCAUCCGACGGCAUGCUGGAGCCGCUGGAUCGGAGAUUGGCUGAGGAUAGAGCGACAGGCAGCGUGCCAGCCAGUCCCCGCAGCAUAAGUAGCGCUCCAUGCGGUCUGGAACACCAGCACACAGCCUCCCGCUUAAGACUGGCACUGCCAUUAGCCUUGGAACACUCGUCGGCGACUGCCACAGCUCAACGUAUGGAAUGGAAGGUGAAGAUCCGCAGUGAUGGCACUCGAUAUGUGGCAAAGCGGCCUGUCAGGGACCGCCUUCUCAAGGCAAGAGCCAUGCAGAUCCGAGAGGAGCGCGGUGGCACAACCACUGAUGAUGAUGCCGCUGCCAGCGAGAUGAAACUGGGUCGCUACUGGAGCAAAGAGGAGAGGAAGCAGCAGCUUCUGAGAGCAAGAGAAUAUAGACGAAGAAGAGAAUUCAUGAUGCAAAGCCGCUUGGACUACCUGAAGGGUGACAGGGAUGCCUUAUCAUCAGCAAGUGGCAAUGUCGAGCUUAUGGCCCCUGGCCACAAUGACAGCAUCAAGUCCCUUAGCCAAAAGAAAAUAAGCAAAAAGAGAAACCGCCGCAUUCUUGACAACUGGAACACAAUUCAGGAACUGCUCGCUCAUGGCUCACACUCGCCGGAUGGAAAGAAAAUCUUUAACCCUCUCCUUUCUGUCACCACUGUAUGA